AAUGGCGCAUCUUACAAUCCUUUUUCUAAUCUUCUACACGAUUUUACCGAUUGUUGUGCAUGCUCUCAGCCGUGCUUGCGGUGGCGCUAGUGAAGCAAUUUGAAUUUUGUGUUGACAAAACUUGCCUUGCCAAUUUCGUCCGCAUUUUCCCGCUUUUCUGUCAAGGUGGAGAAGUCAAAAGGCAAAAUGAGCGACACGCCGUUGGCUCCAAGUCGCUUCGAGAAGUCCCUCGGCUUGCUGACGACCAGGUUCGUGCAGCUGCUGCAGGAGGCCAAAGAAGGUGUGCUCGAUCUUAAGGUGGCCGCCGACAUUCUGGCCGUCCGUCAAAAACGUCGUAUUUACGACAUUACCAACGUGCUCGAGGGCAUUGGCUUGAUCGAGAAGAAGAGCAAGAACAGCAUCCAAUGGAAAGGUGGCGGCCCCAGUGCCAACACAGCCGAGUAUGCUGAGAGUCUCAUUAUCAUAAAAGAAGAAAUGCGCCUGCUAGAGGAUUAUGAGAAAAUCAUCGACACCCAUCGCCGAUGGAUUCAGCAGAGCAUCAAGAAUGUCAGCGAGGAAAAGUCAAAUGUUAUACAAAGCUACGUGUCUCCCAAGGAUAUUGCAGACAUUUUUCCAGAAGGCACCUUGCUGGCUAUCCAUGCGCCCCCUGGCGCCACCCUGACUGUUCCUAAGGGAAGCGAUAAGAGCUACAGCUUUAGCAUCAAGUCUUCUGCUGGGCCUGUUCUGGUGUCAAUUGUGGACCAGGAAAAGUCAAUCGAAGAGUACAAUGAACGUAACCUAAAAAGGAAGCGGGAGGAGGACGAGAAGGUUAAGAUCAAAGGUCCUAGGCCCGCCAAGGGAAGGGCAACCCGCAAAAACAAGACCGAGGAGAGCGAGGUUGAGGACCUGCUGGACAUAAUGAUGGAAAAGUCGGAUGCAGACCAAGAAAACACAGAUCCUCUGCUGGCUGACAAUUUUGACCAGCUCUUCGAGGACUUGGUUUCCGACUGCGACAAGUGGCCUCUUCUAAGACUCAGUCCUCCAACCACAGAUAGAGACUACCAUUUCAGUCUUGGGGAUAAUGAGGGUAUACGUGACCUUUUCGACAUCAAGCUCUGAUCACAACACCUUUUGAGUUGUGACCGAACAACACACUGAAGAUCGUGGAGUUCAAUUUACUGGACUAAAAACAGUUAAAAAUAUCGUAUUUGCUAGGUUUUCCCUAUUAUGCACACUCUACCUAGUGUGUCCUGCCAUUGCUAUGUUUUUGAAAUGAUUUUUCCAAUAUACGAAUGUCAGCUGAUGAAUAAUAAAAAUUAUGAUGGCUUUGGAUAGAUUAAAAUUACAA